GAACCCUGAGAACUUGCAAAGUACAAAUGUAUAUAAGUGUAUAAUUUCUCAUUUCGUGCCGUGUGUUGUGUUGAUGGGUAGUUUUUUUUUUUUUUUUUUAUCAGCCAAAAAUUGUUAGUUAAAGAAUCUUUUCGAUAUACGCCAUUCACACGGAGGUAACGGACGACGGGACUGGAGGUGUGUGACUAACAUAAGUGGUGAGGUGUGGGAGAGAAAAACUUGUGGGGCCUCAUAAUCGUUAUACCCAAUACACAUAGCCUGCAACAGAGACUCAUCUCUGCCUGCAGGCAAAGCUUAGUCAAGUUGACUAAGUCAACGAACUAUGGGGUGCGGACUACGGAUCGGACAAAGAAUUUUGAUUUCCGAGAGAUUUGAAAGCGAGCUUGAAAGAGUUUAAAGGGAACUACCUACUGUCGUCACAUCCAACGAUUAUUUUCUUUUCUAGCUACAUAUGUGUGUCUGUGUGUGAAAAAAUAGUGGAUAAGUCUCUUAGAGUCUCUAGACUGGAUAGACUGUGUACAUAUUCAAUGCAUUGUUGACGUUAUACUUAUACCUAUUCUGCUGCAUAUACUUAUCCUGUGUGUGUAUACCUCGUGCAGCAGACUCAGUCUCAGCUCAGUCUCUCUGCCUUGGUUGUGCAUUACCUUAUACUUAUUUUUUUGUCCUGCAGUGCAGUGUGUGCUGCGUGCGUGUGUGCAUGUAUGUGCGCGUGUGCAAAGAGGAGCAGCCCGAUCACCCGCACCUUAGCCUUUGGCCUCUUCUCCAGGAACAAACACCAGGCCGGGAUCAGCAUUUCACGGAGGCGUGGUGGUCACCUGGCGUAUAUUUUAUGGCAAAAUCAAGUGUAGUGCAGUACAGUUUUAGCUGAUAAAUUGUAAAAAUGGAAAUCGUUAGAGAUGAGGACCGACGCAAACGCCUUAAAGCUCUGGAAGAGCGCAUCAGAGAUCCACGCAGCAUUACAAACAUUGACUGUCUACUGGACACUGUGCAGGCUCUUGUGGCAGACUGUGAUCAUCCUACUGUUAAAAGAAUGAAAAAUGUCGAAGCGUAUAUGAACAGAUAUCAUUCCAUAUCUCAAGAAAUAUGCAACAUGAGAAUGCGUCCAGACGACUUUAACUCGAUUAAAAUCAUUGGGAGAGGAGCGUUUGGGGAGGUACAGUUGGUGAGGCACAAAUCAACGCAGAAAGUCUAUGCGAUGAAACUCCUGAGUAAAUUCGAAAUGAUUAAAAGAUCAGAUUCUGCAUUUUUUUGGGAAGAGCGCGAUAUUAUGGCUCACGCAAAUUCGGAGUGGAUAGUCCAGCUGCACUUUGCGUUCCAAGACCAAAAGUAUCUUUACAUGGUAAUGGACUACAUGCCGGGUGGAGAUUUAGUUAAUUUAAUGUCGCAAUACGAUGUGCCUGAAAAGUGGGCCAUGUUUUAUUGUGCUGAAGUGGUGCUCGCGCUCGAUGCGAUACACAACAUGGGGUUUGUUCACCGUGACGUAAAACCAGACAACAUGUUGCUUGAUAAACACGGUCACUUGAAACUGGCCGAUUUCGGCACGUGCAUGAAGAUGGACAGUGAUGGUCUUGUGCGUUCUGACACUGCAGUUGGCACGCCAGAUUAUAUUUCUCCCGAAGUUUUGCAGUCUCAAGGUGGUGAGGGAGUUUAUGGUCGGGAAUGCGAUUGGUGGUCAGUGGGUGUCUUUUUGUACGAAAUGCUCGUCGGAGAUACGCCCUUUUACGCAGAUUCGUUGGUCGGCACCUAUUCUAAAAUCAUGGAUCAUGUCAAUUCUCUGCAUUUUCCCUCAGAGCUCGACAUUUCAAAGUCCGCUAAGAGUUUAAUUUGUGGUUUCCUAACCGAUCGCAGCAAACGUCUCGGUCGAAAUGGUAUCGAGGAAAUCAAGAAACACGACUUUUUUAAAAACGACCAGUGGACCUUUGACAAUUUAAGGGAGUGCAUACCACCUGUGGUACCCGAACUGUCUGGUGACGAUGACACCAGUAAUUUUGACGACGUCGAGAAAGAAGACGGCCCCGAGGAAAAUUUUCCUGUACCUAAAGCCUUUUCCGGUAACCAUUUGCCUUUUAUCGGUUUCACCUACUCUGGAGACUACCGUCUCACUGCAAGUGGUUGGGAAUCUGUAGAUGGUCUGGAGAAUCAUGUUAAUAAUGGUAUGAACGACGACACCAAAAUAAAUCAGCUCGAGUGUCUUUUGGACAAGGAGAGAAAAACGGUGGAGCUACUUGAAACAAAGCAGAAGCAUCUCAUUGCACAGUUGGAUUCGUUAUCUCAAACUGAAACCCUACUGCGAGAAGAAGCUUCUCGCGCCGAUAAAGAUUUAACUAUAUUGAGACAUAGUUGCAAAGAAGCUCAACGCCGGGUCGAUCACGAGACGGAGGCUCGGAGAAAGGCUGAGUCCAUGUUGGCUGAUCUUAAGAAAAAAUUUGAAGAGGAACAGACAAGACGAGCACGAGACGCCAGUACGUCCCAUCAGACCACGGAAAAAAUCACAAGCCUCGAGAAGCAGAUAAAAGAAAUGCAAGCAAAGUUAGAACGAGAAACGGAAUUGGUGGCACGUCUGAGGAAACAAGUGACGGAGCUGACAGUGGCGAGGCAAACGGCCGAGCAAAUGGUCGCUGAGUUACAGCUGGCAAGAUCUCAGUUGCUUACUCAGAGAGACUCGCUGCAACAAGAGGUUGCUAAUCUUCAAGGGCAACUUUCAAAAGAACGGAGCUCUCGUUCUCAAGCUUCCUCGUUGACCGUAGAGCUCGAGUCUCGGCUAACGUUGCUGCAUCAGGAGUUGGAUCGCAGUCAGGAACGCGAAGAAAAAGCGACUCUGGACAAUAGGCAGCUCAACGAGAGGAUAUCGACGUUGGAAAAGGAAGCCGCGAGUUUGGCGUUGGAGUUGAAGGCUGCUCAGACCAGGUAUAAUCAAGAGAUUGCCGCGCGACAGGAGAUUGAACGCUCUAAAGCGUCGCCCAAGGAUGAGGCCAAUUUAGAAGACGUAAAAGCCCUUCAAGUAAAAUUAAACGAGGAAAAGAAUGGGCGACAACGCGCCGAGCUGUUGGCUCAGGAGAAGGAACGCCAGACCUCGAUGCUGUCUGUUGACUACCGUCAAAUUCAACAACGACUUCAGAAGCUCGAAGGUGAGCACAGACAAGAGACAGAAAAGGUCAAGGCGUUGCAGGGACAGAUUGAGCAAGAACAGCAAAAACGAACUGUCUUACAGUCAGAUUUGACUCAACAGUCAUCUGAAGUUAGUCGGCUGAAGGCGCGAGAGCAACAGCUACUUGGUCAAGUUACACAGCUACGUGAAGCUAAGCGUCAGAUCGAAGAUGAGCUGCAUCACCUCAAAACUCAGAGAAAUGUCGAUCAGUUGCAGACUAAGGAACUGCAGGAACAAUUGGAAGCUGAAGCAUACUUUUCGACGCUCUACAAGACGCAAACUCAAGAGCUCCGAGAAGAACUCGAAGAAAAAUCACGACUUCAGCAAGAACUCGAGGAAGAGCGCAGUUCACUAGUGCACCAACUCCAGUUAUCUCUGGCUCGUGGCGAUAGUGAAGCCUUGGCUCGUUCGAUAGCGGAGGAAACGGUCGCCGAUCUUGAGAAAGAACGGACGAUGAAAGAGCUCGAGUGUAAAGACAUUGUGGCCAAGCAUCAUCAGGAGCUCAAUGCCAAAGAACAAUUGAUCAAUCGCCUAAAGGAAAAUGAAGCGGAUGCAAAUAAGACAUGUGAUCAAUAUGCCAAGGAUAAAGAAGACUUGACGAAGCGAGUGAAGGAUUUGCAAGAACAGCUGAAUAAAUCGCAAAUAAACACGGAUGAAAUCGAAAAAUUAAAUAUGAGGCUACAAACGGAGCAGAUGCUGAAAAAUCAGGCCAUAAAUAAGCUUACAGAAAUCAUGAGCAGGAAAGACUUGGCCAUCGGUGGCAAAAGCAAAAACAAAGCCGCUGUGGCAGAACUCAAAAAAAAAGAAAAGGAUAACAGGCGACUGCAACAAGAGCUCACGCUCGAAAGGGAGAAAUAUGGACAACUGGCAAUCAAGUUGCAAAAAGAUUUGCAAGAUAUGCAGGCACAAUUGGUGGAGGAAAACAGAGCGACACUGAGGCUACAAAUGGAGCUAGAUUGCAAGGAUUCGGAAAUCGAAACGCUGCAAAUGAAGUUGGCGACGAUCAAUUCGGAGACUGCUAGCGUCUCGUCGGUAGAAAUCGAUGGCGAGGACUCUGUACUCUCGGAUCACGGCACUCACUUGAGAUUAGAGGCAUGGAUGCACGUACCCUCGAAGCAAAAUAUUAAGCGACACGGUUGGAAAAAGCAAUUCGUGAGCGUUUCAUCUAAAAAAAUAUUCUUUUACAACAGCGAAAACGAAAAAUGCAAUUCAGACCCGGCCCUAAUAAUAGACCUGAGCAAAGUCUUUCACGUACGGCCUGUUACACAGGGUGACGUGAUUCGAGCCGAUGCCAAAGACAUUCCUAGGAUAUUUCAGUUACUCUACGCUGGAGAAGGAGAAGCUAGACGGCCAGGUGAAGAUCCCUUGCCUGGAACAGAAUUGGCACAUUUAACCGACAAACCUGGCUUGCAGCCUGUCAAGGGCCACGAGUUUAUUUCCAUUUCUUAUCACAUGCCCACAACUUGUGAAAUCUGCAACAAGCAAAUUUGGAAUAUGUUUAGGCCUUCUCCAGCCCUCGAGUGCCGACGAUGCCAUAUAAAGGUGCACAAAGAGCACAUAGAUAAAAAAGAAGACGCCGUAGCUCCAUGUAAGCUCAACUAUGAUCCAAACUGUGCGCGUGAGCUUCUCAUUCUUGCACAAACGCCGGAAGAGCAAAAACUGUGGGUCCAAAAGCUGUCACGCAAGCUUCAGAAAGUUGGCUACAAGGCCAACUCGCAUAUCGACGGUCAGCAGCGAAUCUCGCCAAGAGAAUCUACGAGAUCGUCACUUAAACCGUAUCUUUCGGCUCAGCAGAGAUCGGCAACUUUACCCGCGAACGCGAGCAUGGGUAAGUGACUGGAAACGAGUCGAUUAAGAAGUUAGAUUUUAUGUCCAUCAAGACAAAAAAGGGUGUACAAAAAAAAACACAGAAACGAAUUAUAUUUGCCACAUGCUGGUCGGCAAUCGUCCACUACCACAGCACACGUUUUACCAGCACUUUACAGCCGAUACUAACAGCAGCAGCAGCAGCAUGGACACACAAACAUUCAUGCAUAUAUACUGCUGGCCAUAUUUUUUUUUAUCGUUUAAUUUUCUUCAUCAACGUAUACCUAUUUUUUUGGUUCUCGCACACUCUCCCGAAUGCUUCGAAUGCAAUGUGCCACAUUUGUAACUUUAACGUGCGUAAAACAAUCAGUUAUAAAACCUUCAAGCAAUUGUAAGCGUCCUGUACUCAAAGUAGGCAACUACGUACAAACUUGAAACUCUGUCCCCUUUUAUCAUAUAUAAAAUUAUAGAUACGGCAAGUAAAGUCCAAUUUUUUGUUGUUGUAUGUGAUUGUAAUUUCCAAAUUUUACAUCAUUAGGAUUUAAUAUCCUAAUUAUUUUCUAAAAUAUUAGUUAAAAAAUUGUUUGUUAUAAAAUAAAUCGUUUUUUUUUUUUUUUUUAAUUUGAACAAAGAAUAUUACACAGUAGUAAAAAUAUUUCUGAUUGAUAACCGGAUACAAGUGACGCGAGUGUAAUAUUAUUUUCUUGAGUUUUUAGAAAUUUUUAUCAUCUACAAAAAUUGUCGAUCAAUAACCAUGAUGACCAUUUGGCAUCUACUUUGUGACUUGAAAGCCUACUUGCCAAAGUAAAAAAUUGCUCGAUAUUCAAGAAAACAAAUUGAAAUCGAACGAUUGAAUUGGAAAAAGUAAUCAUGAUACAAUUAAUAUUAAUUUUACGAUAGUAAAAAAGUGAAAACGAUAAGAUAAUUUGCAACUGUCAUGCGAGAAAAAAUCAAUUUUGUACAUACAAAGCAUUAGCAGCUAAAUUAAAAGGUUAUCGUUCGCAAGUUUAUUACAAAUAUAUAAAUAUUUAUUUAUUUAUAUUAUACCAUUGCAAAAAUUUGCCCAGCCUUUAUUAAUAAAUAUUCCGAGGCAACAAACGUUUUUGAUAAACUCAAAGCCCGACCGUUGUUGUUGCAAAUCUUACUGUUUAAAAUGCGACGAUAUUGCAUAGUAAUAAAUUUCGACCAACGACUUUUUUUUGUGAAAGGUUUAAAAACAUACAUUUUCGAAAUAUAUUAAUCAUCAAUGGUCUUCCUCUCAAAGAAUGACGCAAAACUUUUGUAGGAGUUCGAGAAAAUGAAUCAUCGAACCGGUUGAGAUACGCUUCAAUCAAAAUGUAGUAAAGUGAAACAAAAGGAUAAUUCUCUCGUUUAUGUAUCUUUUUUCUAAAGUAUAAUUGACCUGUGUUAGUUUGUCUGUUUGCUCGAAGCAAAUUGUACCUUUUAGUUUCCCAAUGUAGAGGAUGAAAAAAAAUCUGGCUAAUUUGUAAGUAUUAUUUUUUACAAUUUUUUCCUUGCCAAUUAACUGCUAAGCAGUUACGAUGCGUUAAAACAAUGUGCUUGUUGGCCUUGUUGCAAUGUUAUUGAUACAAAAGUAAUCUGAGAUGAUCUUUUACUAAUGUUUUAUUCUCUGCUCCCUUUUGUGCAACGCAGUAUAAUGUAACGAAAAACAAAAUUGUGCAUUUUUGAAGAAAAAUUUAAUUUCAUCAUGUUUAGUUUGUAAUGUUAUGCUUAUUCUAAGACCCGAAAGUUUAAACAAGUUUUUCCUUGAUUUUGUUAUUAAAUGUAUACUCGAUGUUUGAAAUUUUAUUCGAUUAAAAAAAUUUACUCUUUAGCGGUUUUAAGAUCUUUAUGAAAAAAAUAACUUAUACAAAUAUCAUUGAACAAAGAGUAAUUUUAAAUCUAACCAAAUAAUACGUAAAUAUUCAAAGAGAGCAAUAGAGAUCAAACAUUACGAAAUAUCGUUUUCAUUGAUAAAUAUAUAUUUAAAAAUUGAAAACUUUUUUUAUCAAUUAAAAAUUUUUUUUUUUUUUAUCAACAAAUUAACUUUAAAUUACAUAGUAGCUUAAAAUGAAUGCGCAACUUGCAACAUUUUAAAUGUCUGUUAUCAUAACUUGCAGUUCUACUUUUUGAUAAACAAAAUGUGCCUAAGCGUUAAAAAUCAAAAGCAAUAGACUGAACCCUAAGGAAUACUAAUAUUAGACAAAUUAGAAAUAAUAAUAAGCCGCAUUUAAUUUUCUAUAUAGACAAAUGACUCUUGCUGUACGUAUAAAUAUUUUCACGAUACGCACAAGUUUCCAUGAUACAUUUGUAUUUAAGUAAGAAUUAGUUAGUUGAAGCGCAGCUCCACAUCUCGUGUCCUAAAUUUUUCUCAUUAAUACUUUUUUUUACUUUUUAUGAAAUGCGUAUUAUUUUUUUGACCAAGCAAGAGGCGCGCGCGCAUCCGUUAAUUGGUGCUUAGCUCCCUAUUAUUAUUCGUUAAAAUAUAUAACAUGUAACAAAAAUUUCUAAUACAUAUUGAACAGAAAAUUUAAAAGGGUACUUCGAUUAAUCGAUUGCCUCUAUGUAAGUUAUGAAAGGAUAUAAACUAUUUACCUGUGCCUUUUUUGAUCUCUCGCGCGCGGUUUACGAGAGUUUUUUCUGGAUGUACGUAAACAUUUUUAUGAAACCUCUUGAUAAUGAGGGCGAUGAUGAUGAUCAUGAUGAUGAUGAGCAAAGUGUGUUCCUUUUAUACGUGUUUUUGUCGUACGUUUGUGUGAAAUGGUCUGCAGCGAUAAUGCGGCAUCAAUAGAAAUUAAAAAAAAAAAAAAAAAACAAAUAUCAUAUUUGCUGCAGAGGGAAAGAAAAUGUGAGAGAGAAAUGAUGAACUAAGUACGAGAUAUUUGUUACAGCGUAUUUUAUUAUUAUUAUUGUUUAGUAGUUAUUUACAGCCUGUAUAUUAAUAACGAUUAAACUAUUUUUUAGAUAAUACCUUAAUUGUUUAAUAUUAUUCUCCACCUCUCAUAAUUUGCAUUGCUGCUGUAUUCAUUUUUUUUUCUGACGGGUCUACAAAUGCUCGGUACGCAACUCGGCGUCCAAAACAAUUGUUUGGUAUUUUAAUUCAUUAAAAUUCACUCCACACACUGUAAUAACAAAGACAAAACCUUAUCCUUUUUUUUCUUACAUCACUAUCUAAUUUAUGAUAAAAUUAUUAUCACGGUGAAAGGAAACGAGGUGCAUUCUUACGCGAGGGCCAAACGUAGUAAUAUGAAACCUUCUUGGGAUGAUGAGAACGAGAUCCUGAUAAUACACGAUCCACCUUGUUUCCUUUUACCACGAUUAUCAUGAUGAUGUGAUAUGGACUUUAGGUGAGUUCAUUUCUAUUAUUUCUGUAUCAAGAAAGCGAUGAUUUAUCUCAUCAUUGUGUUUUGGGUUUGAAGAUAGGACCGCAGCCAAAGGCAGGGGGGAGUUAAUAUUUCAUUCAAAUAAAUUAUGCAACGUGCUUCAGAGCUUUGCUCUGUUCUUUAGUUUUUAUAAUAAACUAAGCCCUCAAAACACCUUAGGCAGUCCUUAUACAAUCUCGUAGCCACGGAUGCCACUUACAGGGUCUUCUUUGAAUAAAUUAUUUCGAUACUCAAAAACUUACUUUGCCGUUUGUCCAUCAAUGUUUUUAUCGACAUUUGAUGUAUCUGUUUAUUUAUUACUUCAACUUGUCAUAAAUUAUUAAACUGAUCCUCUCCACGUCCCUUCAAAUCCUAGCUACGGUCCUGUUUGAGCAAAUAAUAAUAAAUUUGAUAAACCUCGAUCGAUGAAUUUUGCGUUGUGAAUUUAUUGAUUUUCCCAAGUAUUUUGUGUACACGCAAUGAGGAAAGAUGAUAAAUUCACAAUCAACAAAAAUAAGUUACACCGAUUGUGUCAAGUAAGCGUACUUGCCGGUGGAGAUAAAAAUACAUGUGUAUACCGACAUAUUUGUAAAGUAUACUGUUUAUUUCGAGGCUAAAAAAUAGCGUCCGAGUAAGCCACGGACCAUUUUCAUUUUGCCGAAAAAAUUUUGUCAGUGGGUAGUUGACUGCAGCUAUGAAGAUUUACAAGACUGCAAAAAGCCAGCUCUUGUUUUCAAAAGGUCGAAGAUUUUUCUUACACGUACGCUUACGAUUGACCUCUUCGAUCGAUCGAGGAUUUUUUAAUAUUUUUAAUCCAUCAUUUGAUCAUAAGUGUAUGAGCUUGGAGCCCUUACACUCAGUUUUUAGACCUAUUGUACGGUCAGGG